UUGGUUAUUGUAAACAAACAGUAUAAACACAAACAAUUUUCCUAAAUUUUUAUUCUAAUUAAAUGGAUAAGAUAAAGAACGUCAAACCAGGCUCCUCAAAAAAUGUAGACAAUUUCCUAAACAUUACACAGACUCUAAAUGUAGACAACACAUUUUUCAAUGCUAUCAAUUUAGACGAUUCCAGUUUGAAUUCGAAUACAUCAAAAACAUCUAAGGGCAAGUCGCAGCACUUAUCAAAAAAGAAGAAUGUUAUUCAAAAAAAAUCAAGUGGCUUUAGUUCCAUGUCUUCAUGUGAAUCGUUUGAAAUUGAAGAAGAAAGAAUAUCGAAGACGAAAAAUCACAAUUCUUUAAAACGACCUAAUGAACAAACCCCGCCAGUCUUCCCAGAGAAAAAAUUAAAAUUCGACAAACAAACCACUCCACAAAGAAUACACGACAUAGAAAUAAACGAAUCAGGUGUAGACAUUCUACAAGACACACUAGAUGAUCUAGACAUAACGAAACUAUUAGAAAAAAAUGAAAAUGAAGUGAACCAUAAAUCUAAUUCUAGCAAAUCAGAGUUCGAUGAUGCUUUUGCUAACUACUUAACCCAAAAGAAUCCAGAAAAACCAGGACAGUUAUGCGAUGAAACGUACAAUAUCCCUUCGCAGUUUUUUAACACGCAAGUUAUCAAUCAAAUCGAUAAAGCACUAGUUGAAACUGCACAUAAUACCGAAAAUAAAACUGAAAAAGCGGAUCAAGAAGAAUUCAAAGUGCCUCUGCUACAAAGUUUUAAAGAGAAAUUAAGGACUACCAAAUCAGGGGAGGCCACGUUAGAUAAAGAAAUAAGCGAUAGAUCUGCGCUCUUUGAAGAUGAAAAAGUCACUACGCAGUACCGCGAGGAAGUUGAUAACUUGUUCGAGCAAAUCGAGCAUUCGAUAUUCGCGAUGGGCACGGAGCAUUCGAGUAAAGUCCCUGACAAGCUCUUGGAUAUAAUUUUCAGCGACGACUUAAAAGAAACCAGAAACAAAGAAAACUCUGAAGAAAACAGCGAGGAUAUUACAUGGCCGGAAAAUACGCUUUUGAACGGAAUAAGUUUUAACGCAAGCUUUGGAAGCGUCAUUAAGAAAGCUCUUAUUAAUAACGCAACUAAAUCUGUGCAUCCUCAAAAACCAGGAAAUAGUACCCUGAAUUUGACAUUAUCAGAGAAAAAGUCGCAAUUCCGCAAUUUGGGGCCAUUCUACGGUUUGCCAUUGAAAGUGAAAGAUCUAAUAAAACAGUAUAAGGCAGUAGAAGAGCUUUACGAUUGGCAACAUGAGUGUUUGAAUUUACCUGCCAUCGAAAGCAGAAAAAACUUGAUCUACGCAUUACCGACAAGCGGCGGAAAAACUCUAGUUGCAGAAAUCCUUAUGUUGCGUGAAAUCAUGUGUUACAAGCGGAACGCCAUAUUUAUUCUGCCUUACGUUUCUAUUGUUCAAGAAAAAGUGUGGGCCUUUUCACCGUUUGGAGUCGCCUUGGACUUUUUGGUGGAAGAAUACGCAUCGAAUAAAGGCGUUUAUCCACCAAGGAAGAGACGUAGAAAGAACUCGGUGUAUAUCGCGACCAUUGAAAAGGCAUUGGGGAUCGUAAAUAGUCUAAUCGAGACGAAUCGAUUGCACGAAAUUGGACUGAUAGUUGUUGAUGAACUCCACCUUAUUGGAGAAAGUGGUAGAGGGGCUACUUUGGAGGCUUGUCUCACGAAGAUAAUGUUCUUAAAAGCAAAUAUUCAAAUAGUAGGUAUGAGUGCAACGAUAGGAAAUUUGCCAGAGCUUUCGGAAUUCCUAAAUGCGGAUGUCUACACGAAGAACUUUCGACCAAUAGAGCUUGUAGAAUACGUGAAAUGUGGAAAAGAAAUUUCGAGAAUAAACUGGAACCACACCGACGAAGAUAAUCUGCUGGUUGAACCUAAAAGGGUGCAAUAUAGGUAUUCCGAUUCCCUUUUAAAAGUAGAUCCCGACAUGCUCGGAGGACUCGUGAUGGACGUGGUGCCUAAAGGAUCAUGUUUGAUAUUUUGCGCGUCGAAGAAAAACUGCGAAAACGUUGCGAAUCUGUUGUGCAGGCUGUGCAAACCGGAAUUGAGAAACUAUAAGAAAGCUGAAAAGGUGCAAGUUAUACAAGCUUUAAAAAACGAGGCGGGCGACUUAUGCAAUAUUUUGAAAGUCUCUGUGCAGUACGGGAUAGCAUAUCACCACUCCGGACUGACAAGUGACGAAAGGAGAAUUAUAGAAGAUAGUUUUAGGGCGGGGAUUAUUUAUGUUAUUUGUUGCACCUCUACUUUAGCGGCGGGUGUGAAUUUGCCAGCAAGGAGAGUUAUACUGAGGUCUCCCUACAUCGGAAAGGACUUCAUAAAUCUGUCCAGGUACAAGCAGAUGGUCGGUAGAGCAGGUAGAACGGGUCUUGGCGAGACCGGCGACAGCAUUCUUAUCGCUCAAGAGCCGGAUUUGCCCAAAAUAAAGGAACUGCUGUUGUCCCCGAUGAACCAAGCCUUGUCAGGAAUGCACAUAUUGGAAGGAAAAGGCCUCAGACACUUACUACUAAGCUGUAUCAGCUUAGGAAUUGCGAAUACUAGGGUGGAACUGCAAGCGGUUGCCUCCAGGACCCUACUUGCCACUCAAAGCGACAAAUUGGAGGUCAACAUCAAGCAUUUAACGGAUAAAGUCAUCAGGAAUCUGUUUAAACUGGGCGCCCUACAGGAAUCUUGCGGUUUACAGAAGAAAGAUAGUUCCUCGGGGUUGUGCGACGUUUCAGUAAAGAUGGAUGUUUCCACAGCUAACUUCGAAUCUCAGAAUACGCCCGUUGGCAAUAAAGAAGGGGAGAAAUCCACCGCCAAGAAGAAAGUGGUAGUGUUAACGAAUGAAACUAAGAUGGUUGUUAGCGAGCUAGGAUGUGCCGCCAUUAAAGGGGGGUUGGAACUUUCGAGGGCACACUUGUUGUACGAGGAUCUCUAUCAGGCCCAGUCUAGCUUGGUGCUCCAAGGUCAUUUGCACCUCCUUUAUUUAGUUACACCCUACGAGACUUCUGAACAGAUAAAGCCCAACAUGCAAGUGUACUAUGAAGUGUUGACCCAUCUAAAACCAAGCGAAAUGAAAGUUGCCAAGAUCUUAGGCAUAAAUGAAUCGGUAGCUGUCAAAAUGUUGUCUAACAUCCCAAUAAAGAAUGUACCAGAGAGAGUUAUCAAUAGAUUCUAUGUGACGUUGAUGCUUUACGAUCUGUGGAACGAAAUGCCAGUUUUUCAAGUCUCCGAAAAAUAUCAGAUCAACCGAGGAAUUGUACAAAACCUCAUGACAAUUUCGGCCACAUUUGCUUCUAACGUCGUGAACUUUUGCGAGAAUCUAGAAGAGUUUUGGGCGUAUUCCUACCUCUUGAAAGGAAUGAGCCAACGGUUAUCGCACUGUUGCGUCAAAGAGCUGCUGCCUCUGAUGGAACUGCCUGCCGUCAAACAGAGCAGAGCAAAGCAGCUUUACAACGCGGGUUAUAAAACUUUGCAGAGCAUAGCAAAGGCGAACGCCGACGAUUUGGUAGACAGUAUAGAUUUCAUGUCCAGAAGGGUGGCCAAUCAGUUAAUCGCUGCGUCUAAGAUGUUACUACUCGAAAGAGUCGAAAACCUUCGGGAGGAAGCCGAGGACGUUCUAGACGGGGUGGAAAACCCAAAACAACUGCUCAACUUAUCGUCGUAUGGCCACCUCUGAUAUCUGUUAUUA